UUCAAAAUGGCGUUCAAACAGAGGGUUUCUGAGUUCAAGUCCGCUCUCGCUGCGAAAGAGAUUGAUCUUAAGCAUCUGAGAAGACUUUGCUUUAGCGGAAUUCCUGAUGGAUCUGGAACUCGAUCAGUGUGUUGGAAGCUUCUUUUGGGAUACCUUCCUCCAGAAAAGGAUCUCUGGCCUGAGACACUUAAAAGACAGAGAUCCACUUACAAACAGUUUGUUGAAGAGAUUAUCAUUGAGCAGUGUAAAGGAACAAAGUCUGGAAAAGAUUCCAAGGAAUUUGAUGUUGAUCAUCCUUUGAAUCCAAAUCCUGACAGUCAAUGGCUUGCCUUUUUUAAAGACAAUGAAGUAUUAUUACAAAUUGACAAGGAUUGCAGGAGACUGUGUCCAGAUAUUUCCUUUUUUCAAAUAGCAACAAAGUAUCCAAACAAGAAAGUCACAACUGGAGAAGACAGAGAUUUUGAAACCCUGAGGGAGCGUGUGUUGCGGACCCAUCUGGAGGCAUCUCAUGUUAACACCAACAGGAGUGGACUCAAAAAUUUUUCUGCACCAAGGAAAAUAGCCCCAGAGGAGUAUUUUGUUCUUGGAGAUGGAGAGGAAGCACAUUGGGAGGUUGUUGAGAGAAUAUUAUAUGUUUAUGCAAAACUUAAUCCUGGGUUAGGUUAUGUUCAGGGUAUGAAUGAAAUAAUUGGGCCACUGUACUAUGUUUUCUGCUCUGAUCCAAACCCAGAAUGGCAAGAAAAUGUGGAAGCAGAUGCAUUCUUCUGCUUUACAAAUCUGAUGUCAGAGAUUCGAGAUAACUUCAUCAAGACACUGGAUGAUUCAGCUUGUGGUAUUGGAAACAUGAUGAAAAGUGUUCGAAACAUGUUGAAAGAGAGGGACAUCAUGUUGUACAGAUACCUGGAAGAGCAGCAGAUGAGGCCACAGUUCUACAGUUUUAGAUGGUUAACAUUGCUAUUAUCUCAGGAAUUUGCCCUGCCAGAUGUCAUCAGGGUGUGGGAUUCUUUGUUUGCUGAUGAGAAACGUUUUGAUUUCCUGAUUUAUGUUUGCUGUGCAAUGCACAUGGUGAUAAGGGAUCAACUGCUGGCUGGCGAUUUUGCUACAACAAUGAAACUUCUGCAGAACUAUCCAGAUAUUGACAUCCACACAAUACUCUCCAAAGCAAUAGAUCUCAAGCGUCCAAGAGUGGCUGCACCCAAUCAAACACACCAAAAACAGAAAGGUGGACUUCAGUUUAAGAAGAGAUGACCACUGUUUCUUCAGAAUAUGUCGGUCAGAUAUUGGAAGAAAUAUGCCUUUAAUAUUAAUGUAAGGUUUGAAAGACCUUGAAAUAGUCAAUCAAUGUUUUUUUGAAGGGUUUCCUACAGUUUUCAAAUCAGUGGAAGAAAUAACCUUGUUGGCACUUAUUUUCGCGGAUGUUUAAUUUCGCGUUUUCCGCAAUUGACAGAAACACGCGAAAUCAAGGACCUGCGAAUAAAAAUCACUGCGAAAUUUGAUCUCCUAUCGUAUAUUCAAAUCACAGAAAAAAAUGAUCAACAUGCAAUCAUAAAAUCAUACACAGGAUAUGUAUCGACAAAUACACAAAUUAUUAAUUGGUCUAAUUGGUUCUAUUUUGUCUCUUCUGUGGUGAAAUGACGUUAAUUUGCAAGGAUUUCGCAUAUUAAGUAGAAAAUCUAGCUAUCGUUUUGAAAAAUGAAAAUUUAAUGUCCUUUUUUUCCUAUUUGCCAACUGAAAUUGCCAAAAUCGCAAAAUUAAGUAGCAGUAAAGUACGUGGUAUGUAAAAUCAAUCAGAGAAUAUUGUUGUGAAGAUGUCUUUUAUGCAGCCAUAACUUGGGAAGGGUAAAGGGUGGGAAGGCAAGCUGGUUUGAUUUUUAGACUUCUGCUAUGAUAACCUACUAACACCUUUUUAACCCUUUAACUCCCACGAUCUGAUUGUGAAUUCUCCCCUCUAGCCGUUACACAUUUCCUUGAAAAUUAGU